AUGAGGGACAAUUUGGAACAGCUACUCUUUGAGGUCCUUGCUUUUAACCUCGUAGUGCGCGUAGUUCGGAGAAGGUCAUUAGGCCAUGUGGUUUUUCUAAUUGAAGCAGGCGGCAGCAGUUCUAGCCCUUGCUUGAAACAGCCGUUGCACUACGUCGAUUUCAAUCUUCUGGAAGGCGGUGCUCCCCAUGCAGUUACAAAUUCAGUGAUAAGUCGAUUCGGCAAUCAAGAUACUCCACUGUGCGCCAGGGUAAUCGUUGGUGCUAAUCUGCUGACGAGACUCUUGGGGAGCUCAGUUACACCCUGUUCAUUUCGAGAUGUAUCAACACCACGCACGUCUCAGUGUGUGGUUUCUUCAAGGAGAGUAGGAGACGGAUUGCCGGCGAGUUUCUGCAUACUAGUAUCCUCUGUGAAUCGGAAUCUGCGGCAAAAAGCUGGAAACUCGUUGAAGACGCUCAGUUACCUCCAUGAAAAGCGAUUCAUAAUCGGAUGUCUGGCUCCGGGAGGUAAACUAAGUGCUGUGAUCCUUCUCGCAGUAGUAACAUUAUUGGGAACUGUGUCCAUAGCUGUACACCCAGCAGCGGCGAUCGAAGACUUUUGCAUCGCAGACCUCACAAGCGGAAUUCACAGAAACGGCUACCCCUGUAAGAAGAUCACGAAAGUCACCAACGAGGACUUCGUGUACCGUGGUCUCCGUGAGCAAGCCCGCAGCCCCCACUCAUCUCCCACUGGCAGCAUCACCACCCUAGGUUUCGUGAACGAGUUUCCAGGAUUAAACUUCCAGGGGUGCGCCACAGCGAGAGUCGACUACGAAUCCGACGGGUGUAACCCGCCACACUGGCAUCCGCGCGGCAGCGAGAAGCUGCGGUACAGCAACUUGCACGAGGGCGACAUUUACGUGUUUCCUCGGGGACUGAUCCACUACCAGCACAACGUUGACAAGCUUCCGGCGGUUGCUUCUAUCUUCCUCGACAGCCAGGACCAGGGACACCAAGAAGCCGGCAAUUCCAUGUUCGGGUCCGGCAUCCGCAACGACGUGCUCCAGAGAAGCUUCGAUCUCACCGACACAGAAGUGUCGAAACUCAAGGUGUUCUUCAGCAGCACGGAUAAGCAAUAAUUAA